AUGUUGUCAAUGGCAAUGAGUGGCAUUGCAGCAAUUAACGCAUUUGCAUUCGAAAUUUUACUCUCCACUGGUUUGAACGUAUUGCAAGCGUCAAUCGGUAAUAUCGUGAUAUGCAUUAUGUCGGUCCUAGGUAUCCUGACAUCGUCUUUCUUCAUUGAUAAAAUUGGUCGUCGAAUCCUCUUGUUAUCCACAUGUGGUCUUCUCGCCAUUGUGAAUAUACUCAUCGCUGCUUUGAUGUUUGGAUUUGAAUACGCCAAGAUUGUAUUUUUUGGUUAUCCGUUGCUGGCCACCAUUUGCAUAUUCAAUUUUGUGUUUGCCGCUGGGCCCGGUCCUGUGUCCCUGUUUAUAACUGGUGAAUUAGUGGGACAAAAUGCUAGAAGUGCAGCAUCCACCUGGGUUAACGUCUUCAUGUUUUUAUUGUGA